UCGUUCGCCAGCAAGAGCCUGCAGGAUUCUCCGUCUUUCGACGCCGUCCUCAUCGCUUCAUGCCUUCGGAGUAGGAAGAGGUGCGUACAGACCAGCCAGUUCCGCCAGUUCUCGACGAAUUAACGCGUUUUUCGACUCACGAAGCCGCCUCGGAUCCACUCACGAUCUGCUACUCAACGAUCUAUACACAUUUACGCCCCACAAGACUUACGGCCGGGCUCAUCUUUAUACGAAUUCUGCACGUUUUUCGUUCGACAACAAUCUAAAUGCCGCGCCCAAGUGCGGAACCAUAUUUACCCCCACCCCCACCCCCCACCAUCCGGCUCAUCUCUUCGACACCGUCCGCGACGGGGUUAUCAGCAUCGGAACCAAACUCGUCGGUUGGUAACAUCACCGCCGACAGUUCCUGGGCAUCCGUGGGCUCCGCAUCCGGCCUCGCGCCCAAGCCAGCCCUGUCGAACACCCCGCGUCGCCGCCUCGUCCCGAAAAAGUCCAAGCUCGGCUUGCUGAACAAGUCGGCCAAUGACGAGAACAGCGCGCGCGCGAAGGACCUGUCCGACGUCUACCGCCGCGUCGGCGCCUCCUCGCUCUCCCAGCGCGGCGGCUUCGACAUCUACGUCGACUCGUCCAACGACCCGGAGCUCGGCGAGAUCUUGAUGGUGAAGAAGCAAAAGUCCCGCGCGGGACUCAACAACUUGGCCUGGGGGCCGCUGGGGGAGAAGACGAAUAUCGCAUCAACGACGACGAACUCUCAGCACGACAAGCAAAACACGAAGACGACGACAUUGAAGCCGAAGACGGAGGAGAACGGGAAGGAGAAGUGGUGGACGAUCGGCAGAGGCCGCCAGGACUCGAAGGACAAGGAGGCGAAGGCGCCGAGGGACAAGUCCAAGUCCAAGUCACGUGCUCAAGGCUCAGAGAACUGUGCUCCACACCCUCCGAGGUCAAAGACCCCCGAGCCUCUUCGUAUCACUCCUCAAGAAAGCCGUGCGAGAUUCAACUCGCUCGACUCCGGCAUCCUUCUCAACUCUCCGGCGACCUUCGCGCCGCCGACACCCUUCAUGGCGGAGCACCCUGCCGCCGCUCGCGUUAAGGCUCCCGAGAUGCAGCGGGCUGCCAGCGGCCCGGCCGUUGGCAUGCGCUCAGCGACGCCGACCAUGGGCGGCUUCCUCGCUCCGCCGAGCGCGGACUCCAUGAACACUCAGUUCAGCGGCACCAAUGCCUCGAAUCAGGGCUCUGUAGCGCUCCGCGCUAUUCGGUCGAUGAAGUCCCUGGCACGCAUCGGCAGCUGGGCACAACUUCGCAACGACGAGAACAUGGUGCCGCCCAAGGACAAAGUUCCCGUUAAGGAGGACAAGGGGACCGUGAAGGGCGACAAGGGCACCAAGAGCAAGAAGGCGCUCGAGAAGGAGAAGAAGAAGAAGAGCAAGAAGGAGGACAAGAAGGAGAAACCGCAGGCGCCGCGUCAUCUGUCCACAAGCAGUUUCGAGGCGGGCGCACUGUCCGCCAGCCCGGAGAAGGUUGAGAACACGAAGACACUGGGCGCGAGGAAGCGUAGCAUUCUCGGACUGGGCCUGCCAUCGUCGAUGCGGCUGCCCACCGUGCGUGGUGGGUCCACGGCCUCGUCAAUCGGGCCCGCGGCCGGUCUGAAGGACAACAACCGCCUCUCCGUGGAGUCCGCGGCGGCACGCAUCCCUCGUGGUCGUGAUCGCGCAGGGUCCGUCCUGUCAACCGCGUCGUCUCUCCGCCCGCCUUCUACAGCGUCCGGCGACUCGCGCCUCUCGUCGGGUAGCUCCUUCCGCUCCGUGCGUUGGGAUGACCGCGGACUGCAGCACGCGUCGGAGCAGAUCAAGAAGGACCGCCAGGAUAAGCGUGAGAGUGUCGAGAGCCAACGCGUCGCAGACGUAGACCUCACAGCGCGCCGCACGAGCCGCGAGAGCAAGCACUCCGCUGAGGGACGUCGCCGCACGCCGCUCUCAGCAGUCCUGCGCGAGAUGGCGCAGAGGGAGGAGCCGGAUUCUCCCGCUUCGAUGCAGUCGGCGGAGUCGAUGCAGUCAACGGAGCCAGGGUACCCGUUGGUGACGGUGGAAGAGGCGACCUCAGAUGGUCACAGUGCGUACAGCCAGGCGUCGACGCCUGUCAGGGCAGCGCGGAGGCGUCCGGUGUCGGAGCAGUUACUCGGGCGUAGCAGGCCACAAGCCAUGCAUGAGGAUGGUGAAGGUGUCAUCUCCGUCCUUGACGCGGCGACGAACGACCUUGCGCAGCUCAUCACGACGCUCGACCUCGAGGCGACGCCGUCCAGCAACUACGAUGUGUCUCCUUGGAGGACGGAAGCACAGGCUUAUGCUGCCUCGCAAGAAAGCCCUCUCAGGCGUGCUCUGACAAAUCCGCACCCGAGCAUGGGGUCCCUUCGCCCGGCGAACCCCUCAAUUCAGUCGCUGCGUCCGUACGCGCAGUCGCGCGGCUACCAGAAGGCCAACAAGACCAACGCCAUCGGGCAGCAAAUUGGUCAGCAGAUCGCGCCUUGGUCGACGCUCAACAACUUGUCGCCCCUCAAGGAGAAGCAGAGCCCCGCCGCCCGCCGCCUUUGUCAGAAGCACAACUCGAGCGCCACGCCAUCACCUGCGAGCGAUGGGUCACCGGUGUUCCAGCCUUUGCGUCCUGCACGGUCGCGUCCGGUGCUCCAGCCGUUCAAGCUGCCUGUGAUGGGCAAGAAGGCGAGCGACACGCCGCCCUCCGCGACCCUGCGCCACCGCCGCGGCAUGUCGUCCACGACCUUCGGAUCCGCGUCUGCGAGCACCGGCUCGAAGAGCUCCAUUGCCGACUUCCAGCCGCCCGUCUUCACCGCCCCCGAGGGCAAGAAGGCCUCAACGGGGUCGCGCCGCAGCCGCCUCAGCCAAGAGAGCGUGCUCUCCAGCCACUCCCGUCUGCCUAUCACCUCCGAGACCAAGCGCGUCCUUGGCAUGUCCGGCACUAUGGGGGGUUCGGACACCUCGGCGUACAGACCUGAAAAGAUGGACCAAUCAGACCCCGACUCUGACAUACCCGAGGAGCUGCAGGUUAUCCUGCACAACUCGGACAACGAGAUGGAUGACACGAUGUCCUUCCCCGUGGGCGGUAGCAAGCCGCCGCCGUCGCCUGGUCUGCCACCCGAGCUGCCUCUGCCUGCCCCUAUGGAGGAGCUCCCGCAGCUGCCGAUGUUCCGCCUGAAUGACGAGGAAGAACAUACCGACAUCGAGGAGAGCAGUGGGUCGGAAGACGACACCCGCAAGUCGUUCGACUUCACGGGCGAGCUGCAGGCCCUGAACGAGUCAGGUGGUUCCGAUCGCCGCAGCUUCGUCGAGCAGUUGGAGAAUGCGUUCCGUACGCCCGCCAAGGUUGACUUCACUGGGUUGGGCCCCUUCUUGGAUGCCGUCCCGCCGGUGCCGCCUCUUCCGCCGCUCAACGUGGGAUGCUCCUCCGCCGACAGCAGCAUGGCGGAGGACUCGAACAGCCUUUCUAUCCCGUCGGUCUCUCAGAUCGUUGAUGCCAGGGCGCCGACGUUCAUGCACGAUUCGCGCCAGACCGACAGCGCAAACAUGGACAUGACAUCGCAGUCGCAGUUGCUGCACAUGAAGGAGCCGACCUUCAUGCCGCCGCCAGAGUGCUCUGAGAUUCAGGAGGAACCUCGUGAUGAGCCAGUCCGUACCCUUCGUGGGACCUCGUCGUCGUCUUCUGCUGGCUCCCGUCCUUCCGACGGUCAGCUCAACAGGGCUUUCAAGUUCGGUGGCCUCCCGUCGCCUUCGCCAGUCAAGGAGCAGCCUCAGGAUAAGCCUCUGACGUUGUCGGACAUCAUUCCACCGCCGUCGCAUGUUCGUUCACUAUCGAACUCAUCGCAGUCGCAGGAGGCCGACAGCUCCAUUGAGGAUGACUCCGUGCUCAAGUCGAUCUUUGCCAAGGCUACCAACCUGCCAGGCCAGGACAUGCCCCGCGUUCGCACGGACUCGAGCGCCAGCUCGCAGUUCUUCCAGGACUACUCGCGCCAGGCUCAGGACUCACACUCCGCCGAGUUGUCCCGCCCUGCGUCGGGCAUCAGCUUCACCGGCUUCGACUCGUUCGAGGAGGUCCGCCGCGGGUUUGAGUUCAACGACAACCGCCCUGCGUUCUACCCUCCGCCUAGCUCGCGCAACAACAGCCACAACCGUCACGAGUCGCUCUUCAGUAUCGCGUCCGUCUCUUCGUACGGCGGCGUUAUCAACAGCGGUGUUGCCGAUCCCUUUGGCUUCGCGCAGGACAUGGGUCUGCCGAGCCUCAGGGAGCGUCCCUCCUCCGAGGACAUGUCGAUGAGCAUGUCGAUGACCGUCGAUGACACGUUUUCCUUCCUCAGGCACCAGCCCCGCCGCCGCGUCGACAGUGACGCCUCGAGCUUCUACUACCGGCCUACUCAAUUGAACACGUCCCGCGGGCAUCGUCGUCGUGACUCGGCCAUGUCGGCAAUGUCGCAAGGCCCGCCCAUCAGUCUGUACAAUAGGAGCUUCGCGGGGGCUGCGCACCGUCGCAAGGACUCGGACACGAGCAUGAGCUCGAUGGCUCACUCAUACGCCAUGCACGGCGCUAACGGCGGUCGUAUGGCUUGGGCGACCCGGCACAGGCAGGAAGCGUCGGUCGACUCGAUCAUGAGCGACUUCUCGGCGAUGCAUCUUGGGCGACCUGGCAUUGGAGACAAGAUGUUCGACACCGAGGUCGGCCAGCCUCUGGCAGCCAUCUCGGCCUCCCCGGGCAGCCCCGGCGACAGCAUCGACGAGCAGAUGGACAGCAUUCAGCGGCGCAUGCCCGGUGACAGGUACUCCUACGACUCGAUUCUGGAUGAAGACCACCGGUACACGACGGAUUCCAUCCUCGAGAAGACCGACGACCACUCUUCGAUUUCGGACGAGUCUGUCUUCGGCUACCACGGCAACUCGUACCGCGGUCACCUCCUGCCGCCCAACCAGUUCCGCCCCUUGUCCAUGAUCAGCAACUACAGUAUGCAUAGCCCUGCCAAGGACGACGAUACUAUGAUCACCAUGCUGGGUGGCGGUCACGUCCGUCGUCGGUCUAUCGACUCGCUCAUCGAGGGCUCCCCCUGUGUCGGUAUCGGCAAGCGCAAGCACCUGGUCCAGGAUGACAUGGACGCUUGGGAUCAGGCAAUGCAGUCGCCCACCAAGGCUCGCAUUCUAUCCAAGCCGUCCAUCGCCUCUACGUCGUCCCAUCAGUUCGGAGAUGAGCGCAUGAUCCGCGCGCGUCAUGGUCUUCUGGAGCGCCAGAGUCUGGAGGAAAGUGUCUUGAUCGCCGAAGGCGAGGACCUUUCCGCUUCCUUCGGGUUCGCACCGGUAUUCAGCAGGCCUGGUCCUAAGUCGCGGUCGCGGUCGAGCACGUACACGGCGAGCUCGGGUACUGAGACGCCUCCGUUGUCGGCUUCUGACGGUUCUUCGAUCUCGGAUGGCGGUUCGCAGUCUAGCAUCGACCUGUCCCAGCUCAGCAUGUCGCUCACGAACGCAACUCACCCGAUCACCCGUCUUGCCGGUCGCUCUCGUCCCCGCGGUCAUGGUCAUCGCCGUCGGGCCUCUCGUCAGGCGCACAUCUCGCACAUCUCCCGGUCGUCGGUUUACGAGACCAUCGAGGAAGAGUCGUCCAUCAUGAUGUCCCCGGCGUCGAGCAGCAUGUCCAGCAGCGUGUCCGGCAGCAAUAUGUCCAAGGUGGAGAGCCCACCGGCGUCCCAGCCGGUCUACGUGGUCGACGCGGACGACACUCGCUCCAUCGAGUCCGGCAACUCGAUCUCGCUUUGGGAUGACGAUCGCGGUAUCAUUGCGCUCCGGAAGUACUACGCGCUGCGCGACGAGGCGGACAGCACCGUCGCGGAGAGCAAGAGGAUCUGGUUGGACACGCCGUUUUCGAUGUUCGCGCUGCAGUCAUUCGAUCCGCCUCGUCAUCCGGCCGGCAUGCAAGCCCUGCUUGAGCACUCGAUCCAGAACUAUGUGCCUUUGCCUGCGGACCUUCGCGCUGCCCGUGCGCGCAUUCGGACUGAGUCUCGCCCGUCGCCUUACCCUCAGCGCGUGGCCGGUCGCAUCAGCAAGCAGUCCAUCGUGUCUCUCCAGGAGCGGAACCCCUCGGUCAAAGACCUUAACCGCGUCGCGGUUGACAGCCCCUUGCGCGAGGUCGUCAUCGACAAGAACGCCUCCCCGGCCGCGGCGCUCAGCCCCAAGAAGAAGAACGCUGCCGUCGAGCCCUCGGCUGAGAAUGCCUGGGGUCUGGCUCCUGACGCUCGUCCCAAGAUCGGCUCGGCUGCGCGUAGGGCCGCUCUCGGGUGGACAAAGAGAAGUAAUAAAUCAUCGGCUGGACAAAAGGAGAACGUGGGUCAGGGUACGCUGGCCACGCCUGGCGAUUCGCUGCGCAUCAACCGCGCUCGUCCUCGCGCUCGUCAGACUCCGGCAACCCAGUCACGCUCUAUUCGCAUCUAAACUCCAAUUGCUCCAGUACGCGGUCUAUGCAUCUUCUCUAUGCCCCUAUGCUCUCCAUCUUGCCGACUUCUACCAUCCUCUCACCAUCAAGCAUACUCGCGCCAUUGCCAAGCUUGUACCACCACUGACCACGAACCGCACGGACGAUCAGCUCACUGUCUGUGCUCUUACCAAUCUCAUUCCAAAUCCCGAUCUCACCUCUAUUUAACGUCCUUUAUGAUUCUUCUCUUCAUGCACACGAAUCGAAUGUGGAUUACGUCUCGCACGCUUUCUUACCUUUGCUUUGUGUGUCGAAUGUCUGUCUGAAUGUUGCUGAUGAAUAUCGAAUCGCUAUACGAAUAUUUACGUGCUAUGUCUGCUUGCGAUGUACAUUGCUUUCGAUGCCCGCCGCGCGCCCUCCCAGAGUGGGGGCGCGCGUGCAUGUGCUUACAACGAGUAUAUACGACGCGCGUGUACGGUAGUUCGUAGAUCGAAUGUACUGCUUACACGUGUAAA